CUGUCUCGAGUCCCUUCCCUCUCCACUCUCUACUCCCCGGAUCACAUUCUUUGUCUCUGUUCCAAAUCUCUGAUCCAUUUCCAGUCAAACAUACAGAUACCCGACCCCAUUCCCCAAAGGCAGAAGAACCACCACCUCCUCCUCCUCCUCAUUCAAUUCCUUCAUCACAAUUUCAAUUUUGAAUCUCACGGAACCAAACAGGGCUGUUUCUUAUCACUUCUUCUUUGGUGUUCUAGUUUAAUUUAUUGUCUGGGUUCUUUGUUUUCUUUUUCGGUCUUCUCUCCAUCCGGGCCAUCACAUAAGGAGAAGAUGGUUAGAUCGAUUGACCCAUAAAUUGAGCUGAAGCGAUGGCCAUCCUCCAAAUGACAUUCCUUUUUUAACCUCUGAAUAUCAUCUCAUUCCUCCUCCACCAAUUUAUGUUCGUUCACUCUCUUAAGUCUAUAUAGCUAGCCUUUCAUUUUCUGCCUCUGUGCCUCCUCUCGAUCUGCUGUUUGAAUUCAUCUUCUGACGAUGUGGAUCAAGUUUUUGAGCCUUCACAUGAUCCCUUGGUGCUUUCACUUGCGAGUCAUGAGGACCAACCUCUCCUGCUUGCAGCAGCAGCAGCAGCAGCGGCGGCGGCGGCGGCGGCGGCGGGGGCAUCAGCUCAAACCAGAGGAAUCGGUGGAGAAGGAUUCAUCGUCGUCCAUAAAGCUGAUCAAAUUGGACGGCCUGGUGAAGAUCUACCACCAGCCCAUCCACGCUUCCCAACUAAUGCUGGAGUUCCCGAAGCACCUUGUCUGUCAUUCCGAGUCUUUUUACAUUGGGCAGAAGAUCCCGGCUCUCUCCGAGGAAGACGAGCUCCAGCCGGGCCACAAGUACUUCCUACUCCCUAAACAUUUCUUCCAAUCGGUCUUAUCAUUCGUUACCAUUGCCUCAUUUGCGGCCUCGUCUCCCUCCUCCUCUUCCUCCAACUCAUACUCGUCAAAGCAAGCCUUUUUAAAGAGGGCGGCAGCGGCGGCGAGCUGCCAACCCUUCGAUAUAAAGAGGACUCCUUCCGGGUCUCUUCAGAUACGCGUUUCCGACGAGUUUAUAUCGAAACUGAUGGAGGAAGGGAAGACAAAGGAGGAGGGGAUUCAUAGAAACGAAACGAAAGGUGGGGUUUGCAAUACGCCACAAUUGCAGAAGGACUACGAGCAGCUAGUUGGGUAUCGGCAAUGGAAACCGAAGCUGGAGACCAUAAGAGAGUCGGAAAGGAGGAGAAAGCUUUCUAGCUUUGGGAUGAAGAGGUUGAGGAAGAAAUCCCCAUCUCAUCAGACUCAUCAUCAUCAUGACUACUGCUACUCGCAGUCCAGUCCAGCCUCCAGAGGGUACCCCUAAAACCAAAAGAGAACUCGGAUACCGGCCAGAAGGGCAACAGCAUCCUGCAGCUAGCUAGCUAACUAGGACUCUGACGAUGACAAACAGUACUACUAAUACUCCAAAUUAAGAAGAAAACCUUCAAGCUCAUCAGACUUGAUCGCUUUCCUUUGUUCUAAUUAAAGACGAUCAUGAUGUAUUUAAUUGAAACUGAAAUUAACUCAUCCCAACCCCUUGAUGUAUCAUUGUAUACCAACCCCUCCCUCCAUCCCUCUUUUUUUUUUUUUUUUCUUCAUUUGUGUAAUUAAUAACUGAUCUUGGUGAAAUUUUAUACGGUAGCUAGAUCGAUUAAAAGCAG